AUGGAUUCAGUUGAACCGUUCUCCAGGACGGAUCCACUAUCAUCCUCUAGUAGUUCCAGUAUUACCUAUCAAGGUCAACCCGAUCAGCCAACCCAUCGUCACGAGACUACUAAUAUUACCACUGUUACAGAAAAAAGUAUUCCAAGUGAUUUAGGCACUCUGCAAUCAAAGCCGUCGCAACCAAUGCGCGAUACAUAUCCUUUGACCAGUUUUGGCUUGCAAAAAAGAGGAUUUUCUGAAAAAUAUUUCACAAUACAUUCAUGGCUCGAGUACAGCAUUCAGCGGGAUGCAGUAUACUGUUACCCCUGCAGACAUUUUGGCGAAACCAUAAGUAGUCACGAACAGAUUUUUACAAUUGAUGGGUUUAGAAACUGGAAGAAGCUGGGAGAAAAAUUAAAGAAGCACGCUGAAAGUCAAUACCACAUGAAGAACAACAGCAAGUAUGCUCUAUUUCUUCAAUCUAAAAAGGACGGAACAGUACUGGAUAAAAUGUCUUCUUCAUCAGUUGAGCUAGUUCAGAAAAAUAGAGAUUACCUGAAAAUAAUAUCUGAUAUUAUUUUGACAUUGUCACUGCAGGGAAUGCCAUUUAGAGGUCACGACGAAUCUGAUGACUCCUCAAACAAGGGCAAUUACAAAGAAAUUUGUGAACUAAUAUCUAGACAUAACACAUCAUUUUCCGAAUCUUACAACAAAUAUUUCAAUCUCAGUAGUUCAGGUAUACAAAAUGAUAUUAUUAAUAAUGCUGGAAAUAUUAUACAAUCCAAAAUAAUCGGCGAAAUCAAAGAAUGUGGAGCCUAUGCAAUAAUGGUUGAUGAAGCAAGGUGCUUCAAAGAGCAACAGUUGUCAUUCUGUGUGCGUUACACAAAAAAAUUGGAGAUAGAAGAACGAUUUUUGGGGUUCGUAGAAUGUUCUCAACAACGUGAUGUGUCAAGCUUGUGGACUUUGAUAAUAAAUUUCAUAGAUAAAUUGGGCCUAAGAAACUUUCCAAUAAUUGCACAAGCCUAUGAUGGUGCAAGCGUGAUGUCGGGAAGAAACGGUGGCUUACAAGCAAAGAUAAGGGAAAUACAUCCUGAAGCGAUUUACAUUCACUGUAUGGCCCACAGACUUAACUUAGCUGUGGUUGACUCAUGCAAUGACAUACAGGGAUUAAAGAGUUUUUUCAAUAAUCUUGAAAUCUUUUAUUUGUGCCUUUUCCCCAGCCCCGUCAAACCAUAA